AUUUGACAGUUCUCUAUUUGAGAUAAAAGUUUACAAAACAAAACAAUUUCAAGUGUCUAGUGUUAUGAUAACACCUACAAGUCUUAUAGAUAUAUCCAAGUGUAAUGAUAAAAGGCCCCGUCUUUGAAACUUUUUCCACUUGCAUUUUAUAUUUUUUUGAAGACAACAUAAAUAAUAGCUAGUAUGGAACGAACUGUUUUGUCUCCGGCUUUGUCUGGAAAGUUUAUAAGUGAGAAAGCUCAACAUGUUAAGAUUGAGAUGAAGGGAAUAGAACGACUAGGGGAAGAGAUAUUUUCUUCUUUGAGAGAAAACAAGUUACAAAUACCAGAGACAGGUGCUAAAUCAAUACACCCUGAUAAAACCCAUCCAAAGGCUGUAGACUGGGUGUUUAUUUUAGAUGCAUUAAACUUUUGCUUUUGGUCGAAGAAUAAAGAGACGCAGUGGACUGUUUGUGGCUACACUGGCUAUUAUGCCCUUGAGGCCGCUCUGCAUCGAGCUAUCCAGGAAGAUAUCAAUAUUUUAAAUCCUGAAUAUUACUCUAAGAUAACAAAUUCAGAAUUGAGUAAUAUUCUGAGAGGUGACACGAAUGCUGUAAUACCUCUGCUUGAUAAAAGAUUAUCAGUACUUCAUGAAGUUGGAAAUAUAUUGAUCAAAAAAUAUAACAGUACUUUUGAGACUUGCCUCAAAGAUAGCAAUAAGUCUGCUGUUAAGUUAUUAAGCAUAGUUGUUGAGAACUUCCCAUGUUUUCGUGAUGAAGCUGUAUAUAAGGGACAGAGGGUUUCAUUGUAUAAAAGAGCGCAGAUUUUGGUGUCGGAUUUAUGGAAUUUCUAUGACGGCAGCGGCUCGGGCGAGUUCCAUGAUAUUGAUGAAAUGACAAUGUUUGCCGAUUAUAGAGUUCCGCAAGUUUUAGUUUACUUUGGAGCCCUAACUUACAGCGAUGAGCUCAUGGAAAAAUUAAAUAAAGAUAUGUUAUUACCAAAUGGAUCAGAGGAGGAAGUGGAGAUCCGAGGUUGCUCCAUUCAUGCUGUAGAGUUGAUCAAAGAGAAGACCGGGCAGCUUAUUAAGGAAGCAGCUUUGAGAACAGAAGUGCCAAAUUCAAGUCUCAUAGACUAUUAUUUAUGGUGCUACAGAAGAAAAUAUGCCCAAGAAAUGGAAAAGAUACCAUAUCACAAAACUUUGAGUAUUUAUUAUUGAUUAAAUUAUUUUUAGUCUGUAGUUAAUACUUUUUAAUCUGUUUUAAUCCAAUGCCUGUGUAUAUUAUAUAUGAAAAAAAGUUAAAUUAAUAAUGUUAUGACUAUACAUAUAUAUUUUGUGUUAAAUAAAACACAUUUUUAGAAAUUUAA